CUGGUGCGCGGAAUUCGCACCGAGAAAGCUCCUUCGAGUGCACAGCACCUACGUCAUGAAAGGUGUUGGGCCUGAACCUGGCGCGCCAGCAUUGACAGAGUUGGACACUUCCUGAUGCCUCCCUAUGGGUACCCACCAUCAUCUCGGAACCGUGAUGGCAACUCCAACUAAUCAAUUGGUUCUCCCUCAGGCAGCGAAUAAACCACGGCGGCAGCUGGGUUUCAAAGUCAAAUUGCGCGGGGGUGCAGACCUUCAACUGUCACCAAGAGCUCCGGUGCCUGAUCACGCUGUUCUGUUGGUUUCGAAUUGCAGAGUCUUGCUUGGUGGAUCUGGUGAGUGAGCGGGAGCGCUCAGAGCUCAUUCUCCAGUUUCCCCCAGUCAUGAUAUUCGCCGAGAAGCGCACCCCAACGGUGCCCGCAUUUCUCUACUCGAUCGAGGCUCGCAGGACUGGCAUUUCUGCUCUCCCUUCGCUGUUCCAGACCUUGACCACGGAGGCCAGCAGCAAUGUGGCCCCGGCGUACACCUCCUCCAGCUUGUUCAAGCAGGUGGCCAGCGCCGCGAAGACCUCCACCGGGGUGGCGUCGUCGGUGAUGGUGCCCUCCCCCAGUGAGCCGGGCAAGAUUGUGAUGUUCUCGGGCGAGUACUACCGCGCGUGCGCCGUGGGAGGGAUGAUGUGCUGCGGGCUGACGCACAUGGGGGUGACGCCCAUCGACGUGGUGAAGUGCAACAUGCAGAUCGCGCCCGAGAAGUACAAGUCGAUCUCGAGCGGGUUUUCGUUGCUGGUGAAGGAGCAAGGCGCCGUGGGGCUGGUCCGCGGAUGGGUGCCGACUCUGAUGGGAUACAGCGUGCAGGGCGCUUGCAAGUACGGGUUCUACGAGUACUUCAAGAAGACGUAUUCGGACAUGGCCGGGGCCGAGGACGCCAAGAGGUUCAAGACGUUGAUCUACUUGGGGGCGUCGGCGUCAGCGGAGGUGAUCGCCGACGUCGGGCUGUGCCCAUUCGAGGCCGUGAAGGUGAGAGUGCAGACGAAUCCGGGAUUCGCGAAGGGCAUCAUGGACGGGAUGCCGAAGCUGAUUGCGUCGGACGGCGUGGGCGGGCUGUUCAAGGGGUUGGUGCCACUGUGGUGCCGGCAGAUCCCGUACACGAUGAUGAAGUUCGCGACAUUCGAGAGCACGGUGGAGGCAAUCUACAAGUACGCGGUGCCGGUGCCUAAGAGCGAGGUGUCAUCGGGCACCCAGUUGGGCAUCUCGUUCACUGCCGGGUACAUUGCGGGAGUGGCGUGCGCCGUGAUCUCGCACCCCGCGGACAACUUGGUGUCGUUCUUGAACAAGUCGAAGGAAGCAACGGUGUCGGGGGCGGUGAAGCAGAUGGGGGUGAAGGCGUUAUUCACUCGCGGGCUGCCGCUGCGUAUCAUCAUGAUCGGUACGUUGACGGGAGCGCAGUGGGGAAUUUACGACUCGUUCAAGGUGUUCGUGGGUCUGCCGACGACGGGCGGUGUGGUGGAGGAGCCCAGGAAGUUAGCGUAGGGGGUAGUAGCGUAGAGCUGGAGGCAUCGUGAGGAGCAAGCACAAGACGGUGAGGACUGGAAGGCGUUUUUCUUGAGCAGCCAGGGGACAGAAAGGAAGCAUAGAAGGAUGCGAGUCAUUCGGGGCACCUUGCGGGAGCAACGAGAGGGGCGCGUGGGAUAUGUUUGUGAUAUCCUGUGGCGUGAGGCGAAUGUUUGGGUAGGCAAGAUCGAAUAGGUCAGGAGUAGAUUCAGGAAGAGCGAAGGUUAUGGCAAGUCCCCUUGUACUUGUGGGAGCUAGCAUCGGCGAGCAGAGGUAAUAGGGUUGAGAAUAGAUCCGACGAGAUGGUACAUUCAAUUGAGGACAUAUGACACGCUGGUGUUGUCGCUUUGGUGACGAUGGUAUUAUUUUUGAGGUGAGAUGAGAGAUAAAUCAGAAGUCGACGAAGCGCAGGCUGAACAUGCGCUGACAUCACGGGUCGGCAGUUUAGUAGAAGGCUACACGAAAUUGCGUAGUUGGGUGAUGCUUAAAUGUGAACUCGGCUUGGCAAUGCAGUGUUUUGUGCUACAUGGGCACACGCUAGAUGGUCAUUCUGCACAUAUAUGCUGUGUGGGUAAGUGGCAGAUUGUUGUGCUGUAGAGGGCGUGAUAUUGCGCUAAUCUUGCACAUGAUGUGAAGUACUAGAGCUGGGUCUGAUUAAAAUUUUCACGGGCGUCAGUAAACGUUCGUGUCAGUAAUCUGGAAUCAUGUCAUAGCGCAAAUCGUUGUAUUCAUUCAAGUUCCAAGUGUGAAAUGAUGAAUGUAAACUUAGGCUUUCGUAAA